GUUUGUAUAUCGUGCAAAAGGGAAAGGAAAACAAGAAGAAUACGCUACGCAUGCACACGCACGCGUACUUGGGAGUGAUUUCAGCUACAGAGACCCAUUUCAACUUUGAACACACACACACUCGCUUUAUACUCUUUCCCUCUUCUCUGUGAAUACAGAGAGGGACCUACCCUUUAGGCCUUUACCUCCUAGAAGUAGCAGACAGUGGUAGCAUCACAACUCACGUUCUGCUCAUCCCCACCCCACUUUGCUUCCGAGGCCAGCCACAAUCAAAUUCUGAUUCUUCCUCAUCCCGACCCUGCCUCCAACUGCGGUCUUCUUCUUCCCCAAACAAUUUCUCGGCUCAAACAAAUCCCCCCUCCACCCCUUUCCGUCAAAUCACAAUCUCUGUGCGCGGAAAGACAAACACAGUGCCCUACUACUUGUACCUUAGCCUCACCUGGCACGCCGUCUUGCAGGGAAAGAGACUGCCCAUUUUUCUUGCAUAUAUGGACUCGCCUGCUGCAUGAGCGUGCUCCUCCUACUCGGCCAGGAACGAUGAGAGAUGGCACCAAGAAGAGCAAGCUGUCAUGGUCCAAGAGCCUCGUGAGGAAGUGGUUCAACAUCAGGGGCAAGUCCCACGACUUCCACGCAGACGACGCCGCCGCAACCAUUGGCAGGAGAGGAGGAGCAGGGGACGACGACUGGUCCAGCGGCAGCUUUUCCAGGAGGGAAUCCUGCACGGCAAAGAAGAGCAGGACAGACAAGGCGUCGAGAAGGAGCUCGCACGAGCGGUCGCGGCGGAGCAAGAUCGACCUGGACGCCGCCGAGGCCACCGUCACCAUGGACUACAGGAUCUUUGUUGCGACGUGGAAUGUAGGUGGCCGCGCGCCGCCGUGCUCCCUCAGCCUCGACGACUGGCUCCACACCUCGCCGCCCGCCGACAUCUACGUCCUCGGGUUCCAGGAGAUCGUGCCGCUGAACGCGGGCAACGUGCUGGGCGCGGAGGACAACGGCCCAGCGAGGAAGUGGGUGUCGCUGGUGCGGCGGACGCUCAACGCCCCGCCAGAGAACGCCGGCAGCUGCAGCGGGGCCCUGCACCACCACACGGCCUCGUCCCCGGCGCCGGACCUGGUGGCGGAGGUGGACGACGACUUCGAGGGGUCGGCGUCGCGGCGGCGGCAAUGGGACAACCCGUCGCUCUUCCACCGGCGGUCGUUCCAGUCCUCCGGGCUCAGCCGGAGCAUGAGGAUGGACGGCGACGUCCUCCUCGGCCAAGGGCAGCCCAGGCUGGAGCGCCGGUACAGCGUCAACGACCGCGUCAUGUGCGGCGGCGGCAGCAGGCCCAGCGAUUACGAGGCCAGCUACCACCGCUGGGGCUCUGACGAUGAGAAUAACGACGGCGGUGAGUCGCCGAGCAGCACCGUCUUCUCGCCCUUGUCGUACGGCUAUGGCAAUGCGCCGCCGUACGUGGAAGAAAGCAAUGGAUCGGCUGGUGGCCACACUAGGUACUGCCUUGUUGCAAGCAAGCAAAUGGUUGGGUUGUUCCUGAUGAUUUGGGCGAGGAGAGAAAUAAAAAGCGACAUAAGAAACCUCAAGGUCUCUUGCGUUGGCAGAGGACUGAUGGGGUACCUCGGAAAUAAGGGCUCAAUUUCGAUUAGCAUGCUCUUGCACCAAACGAGCUUCUGCUUCGUCUGCAGUCACCUGACAUCAGGGCAGAAGGAUGGCGACGAGCACCGCCGGAACUCGGAUGUGAUGGAAAUCCUGCGGAAAACCAGGUUCCCCUUGGUUUAUGGGCAGUAUGAGAGAUCACCGGAAACCAUCUUAGAGCAUGAUCGAGUCGUUUGGCUUGGAGACCUGAAUUACCGGAUAGCGCUUUCUUACCGGGCAGUGAAGGCCCUUGUGGAGAUGCGCAACUGGAAAGCGCUGCUGGAGAAAGAUCAGCUGAGGAGUGAGCAAAGAGGCGGCCGCGUGUUCCUCGGCUGGAAUGAGGGGAGGAUAUACUUCCCUCCCACAUACAAAUACUCGAAUAACUCUGACAGAUAUGCGGGGGAAGACAUGAACCAGAAGGAGAAGAAGAGAACUCCAGCAUGGUGUGAUCGCAUUUUGUGGCACGGGAGGGGUCUUAGCCAACUGUCAUAUGUCCGAGGAGAGUCUCGCUUCUCGGAUCACAGACCUGUGUACAGCAUGUUCAGUGCAGAAGUAGAAUCAAUCAACCACAGCCGGAUUCAGAAGAUGAGUUCCUCAAGCUCGCAACUGGACAUCGAGGAAUUGCUGCCCUAUUCAUAUGGGUACACCGACAUCAACCCGUAUGGAUAUACUGACCUCAAUUUCUACUGAAAUGGAUUUCAGAGUAAGCACUUCUGCCUAGAAGCAAAGCCAUGGGAGGCAGACUUCAGAGACAGUCCAGGCCUGAGCAGAAAAGCCUUCAGUUAUUGCAGUGCCAGUUCUUUGCCAGCAACAGAGGUACCAGGACCAGGGAUACACCAAGUUCAUGUUGAACAUCUGGGUUUGCCUUGAAUCCCAUGGAUAAUCUCUUUUGCAGGUUACCAUCUAGUAGUAAACAAUGUUAGAGAUUCCACGUAGUAGGAAGAGAGAUGUUUCAUUGACUCCAUUAAGAAAAAUGAGAACAGACAAUAACAUACCUAACAUCAACAGCAGUGCUCAUAUUAUGAGCAGAUAGUACUGGCCGUUCAAUCUGAAGCCCAGGUGACUUCGGCCAAAGCAGAGAUAUGGAUGUUAGAAAACAACGGCAAACGUUCGCCAGAUUUUUUUUUUCUGUACAUUGUAGAGAAACUUCAUUCUCUUUGGUUGCUGUGAGAAAAAGACCAGUGCCGAUUUGUAAAAUCUUUGUUUUUCUUGGCCUUUUGAAUGCAGUAAAAAGGGUCAUCAAUGCUUGCAAUAUC